AUGGCGUCGACAAGGCCACUCGUCCGUGCCCUCCACACCACCCGCGCCGUGCUCAACGUCGCCGGUGGCCCUGCCGCUGGCGGCCCCGUUGCCCCGCCUGCCGCUGGCAAGCAAACCCGCCAAAGGCCAACGUUCACACACAAGACCGCCGCGGCCCUGGGUUUCUCGGGCGUCAAGCGCGAGCGUGUCCUUCCGCAGAUCAACAUGGGCUCGUCGAGCCGCAUGUCUGUCAGGACCUCUGGCCACUCCCCGGGGGUGAAAGGUGGCAAUCGCCAGCAGGCCGCCCGCGCCGAGGGCAAUGCCAAUGCCACUGCCACUGCCAAUGCCGCUGCCGACGUCAAGGCCGCCCCCCAGGCCGGCUCGCAGGCCAUUGACAUGCCCGCCGAGUUCUUCGAGGGUGCCGAGCACGCCCCGCGCGUCGCCACGACCCCGCGCUUGCGUUCCGCGCGUCCCCCGCGUACCGGCGGUGCAGGCGGCGCACCCCGCACAGGCGGACAGCGGUUCACGAAGCGUCCCGACGGCCGCGUGCCCGGCGCCAAGGCCGGCGCUGGCGGCGCGUCGAGCGGUGCCAACAAGGGCAAGCGCGAGAGGGGUCCCCCCCGUCGUGGCGGCCGCGACAGCAGGGACAUGAACGCGCUCAGCAGGGGCAAGCACCUUCCCCAGGCGUUCGCCGUCGAGGUGCGCGACGUCAGCAAGCGCUCGCUGUUCGGCCCGGCGUCGAUCAUCGCCCCUCCCCUGCGCGCGUACGCCGCAAAGGUCCCCGAGGACUCGUUCUGGGCCAAGGGCAUGGAGCCCAUGGACGCACGCAAGGCCGACCUCCUCCGCCUCGCUGGCUCAUGCGCCAUGUACAUCCCCGCCAAGCCUACCGGUACCGGCACCGACGGCCCCAAGACGGCCCUCGACAUGAUCAAGUACUCGAUGACCCUGCAAAACGGCCUGUCGAUGCGCGCGGCAGACAAGACCGCCGCGUUCGUCAAGGGCUUCCUCUAG